GGAGGGACAAAUAAGAAAAAAAAGGAUCUACAACCUUAGCUGUUUAAAAUAAACUGUAGCGGUUUUUAUGAAUCCACCUUAACAUCGGUUAAGCCUCAGCCUCUACCAAAUAAACUUUGGUUGGUUGUGUCCUCCCACUAUAAUACAAAUAGGUUAUAGGACCAUAACCCUUACUUAGACCAUGUACUGCAAUGCAUACAGUUCUUUUAUGACUGCAGGGGUGAUUCAGUCAGUUUCUACAAUAACAACAUGCAUGCGGUGCACGUGACAAUUAAUAAGUGAGAAGCUGAAAGGAGAAAAAAAAAUAUGAAUAAUGUGAAAAAAAAAAUUAAUUACAAAAAAGGGGUGAAAAAAAUCAUAUUUAUAGGAAUGGUGUGUUUCAGGCCAGCUUGGAGCCCGCGUGGCAACCAUUGUAGGAUACGCUACACAUCACACGUAUCCAUGCAUAGCAUUCGCCCCACCUUAAACGAAUCCCAUGCACCCAUCAAUCGGUCAGAGAUUCCCUUCAUUCCCAAGGAGAAUCUCUGAAUCAUGUCAGCUCAAGUCAAGGCACGCAAUCGAUGCGUUUGGGACUAGGCGAAGUCAAGUCAAGGCACGCAUGGAACCAGGCGAAGUCAAGGCACGUCUGUCACGGCUGCCAGGCGACAGGGGGACAGGGAGACAGGAGCAGGCAUACGCGUGGACCUAGACGUAUGCAUGAUACGCUUGGCCUUAAACGCAUGUUAAACCAUUUCUGGCGGUUUAAACCCCUAUAAAAGGACCGCCAGAAGUAAAUUCGCCCCAACACCUUCAUUCCACUCUCCUUCUUCUCCAAACCUACCUAAUUUUACUUCAAUUCUUCUCCAAACUUUCAUAAAUUCACUUCACUUAUUCUCCAUUCCCAUUCCUUCUUAGUUUCUUCCAUAGUUGCAAAGUUGUUAAUCCCAUUACAAGCCUCUGUAAAAUUUCAAUGGUAGAGGAAUUGGCGAUCAAUCCUGGGCCCACAAACACUAGUUUGUUGUAUCUUAUUGGGGAAGGAGCACACAUUUCAGAUAAAGUCUGGAAUGGACAAACAAAUAAAAUUCUCAAAGUUCGACGAUCACGUGAUUCACGAGUUGUGCAUGAGAGACUCAUACGUAGCGUUCCCGAGGCAAUCAGAGGUCACCUUGAAGCUGUGGGUUUUUACCACUGUGCGCUAGUCUCAGAUGUUUAUCCAGACCCUCCCUUGAUUUCAGCGUUCAUUGAAAGGUGGCGUCCCGAGACGCACACUUUUCACCUCCCGUUUGGAGAAUGCACCAUAACUCUUGAAGAUAUUGCAGUUCAGUUGGGCUUGAAGAUUGAUGGUGACGUUGUCACAGGUCCCACCUCUUGUAAUUGGCCUGUCAUCGCUGAAGAAUGUUUAGGAAAGAGACCACCAGCAGAAGCUAUUAGAGGAGGUGCGUUGAAAAUGAAGUGGAUAAAUGAGAAUUUUAACAAUGUGCAAGACUUCAUUGACAAUCCUCAGGAUUUGGCAUGUUUUGCACGGGCAUACAUCAUGCGCAUACUUGGAGGUUUUCUCUUACCUGACCAUAGCGGGUCGCAUGUUCCUCUGAGAUAUCUUCCUCUUUUGAGGAAUUUUGAGGAAGCUGGAAAAUAUAGUUGGGGUUCUGCGGUACUUGCCCAUCUAUAUAAGGAAAUGUGUAAUGCAAGCAAAAUCUCACGUGUGGAGAUCGGUGGUUGUGUACAACUCAUCCAAUUCUGGGUCUGGACGAGAUUUCCUGAUGUUGGCCCCCUCAAAGAACUCAACGUUAUCAAAGAAGGUUGCCCUCUUGGAGCCAGGUGGAGAGAAGAUGCUGACUGGAUAAAGUAUCAGUUGUCGUACUGGAGGCAUUACCUUGACACACUUAAAACUGAACAAUUUGUGUGGAUGCCUUAUCCACAUAGUCUCCUGCAGCAACUAUCUCCAAUAUGUCGGGACAACAUGCAUUUGUGGAGAUGUGUUGCACCCAUGAUAUCAUUUUUUAUUGUUGAAUGGCAUCAGCCUGAUCGGGUGAUGCAACAAUUUGGAUUUCAGCAACAUGUUCCUAACAAACCUCUCCAAGACGAUAAGGUACAUGACAUGUCACUGUCGGGAAAACAUGAUUGGGAUUGGGUUGAUAAGUUGGCACCUUUUAUUGUAGCUUGGGAAAACAAACAUCACCAAUUGGUUGAAGGCCCUAGUUUAAUAAGGCUUGCACAAGGCAGUGAUCAAUACAUGAGGUGGUAUUCACAACACUCUCGUCGCUGGCUAACACGUAAAGGAGCAGCAUUGGGUCAAUUGGCUGCGAAUAUCCAUCACAUAUGGUAUGGGCUGCCGCUGAUUGGACAAGGGAGGUACACAAUUGACAACCUUCAGAAGCGGGCCAUGCAUUGCCUUGCGUUAUGCGAGGAGAUGGGGCGGAUCACUAUUCCCCCGCUUGAAGCGCCGCCAAUGGAGCCUGUUCAGAUCCCUGAGGUAGCACAAAAUUUUCACCCAAAGCUCGGAAGGCAAGAAGGAAAGGAUUUCUCCCGGCGGGAAAAACAAAAAGAAAAAGCUAAACCAGUUAUAAUUGAUGUACCCCAACAGCUGCCUUCCGGGCAAUUUUGGUUGGCUCCCACCCAUACUGGUGAUUCCUACACAUCAUACCACUAUAGUGGUGAUGGGUCUUCUUAUCAGGGACAUGGUAAUACUUCAGGAUUUCAGCAACAGGAGGCAUUAUUCGCAUUUCAGCAACCUUACCAACAAGAGCAACAUUACAGUGGUAGUGGGUCCCGUGAGUUUGAACAGUAUUAUCAACCUGCGCCAGUUUCAGAGUCACAGCCUUACCACGGUUCAGCGCCGCAGGUUCAACAAGAUGGACCCCAGCUUGACACGUGGUUCACCCCAGAUGGCCAGUCUAUACCCUCCUCAUGGGGGACCCCACCUAGCCCCCAGCGUGGAUGGGGGGCCUUACAUGAUUUGCUAGGUGCUUCACCGGAGAUGCAGCAUGCCCAUCCACCAGAUUCUGAGAUUCGUGCUACACAGGCAGCCUUUGACUUCGAUUUGAACCAAGCAUCCCUCACAGGCUACAAUAUGUCGGGUUAUGAUCCUUCCAUGAACCAAGACCAAAGUUGAUUGUGUUUUUUUUUUGUAUUUCCAAUUAAGCUUUCUGGUUUUUUUUUCUAAUAAAAUGUUUGUUGUUUUAAGGUUGUAUGGCAUCAUCGUUUAGUUAUGUGGUUUGCAAUUAAAAAAAAAGUGUUCCCCCGUUUAGUU